AUGUCAAGCCGCGCGCCAACGCUUUGGCUUGACUCGAUCAUACCUUUCACCUGCGGGGUUGGCUUUGGUUCUUUGAGCUAUUUUUGUACUCAGCAAAAAGGCCGCUACAUCAAGCUCAUGGGACGCCCGGCGGCAGCACCAGAAAUGCAGAUUGAGCCAUGUCAGCAACGCAGCAAUCGGUUCACACAGUCCAAGUGCUUCUCGUGGAAGGCCCCAAAGCCGGAGUUUACUGCAACACUUUGUCUCUUACAAACAGCAAGCUGUACUUGCCCCAAGUGUCGAUUGGAAUGUCGUUACAUUACUUGGCAUUGCUUGGAAGGCCAAAUUCGCUUCCAAGAAGGACCCAGAGCCUUCUGA